UUAUCAGACGUCCAUCGACCUUCAUAUUUCAUUGCCUUGUCAAUAUAUACUUACACUUUAAAAUUCAAAUAUUAAAAGUAUGUCACGAAUCUAGAUAGAUUUGGCCAAUAAUCAAAAUAUAUUGACAGUUUUCUCCUCGUCUAACAGUAUGUAAUUAGAGUUGCAGUGAUUGCCUUCAGUUGAUUUGUGAACUGUCUGUAGGAUAAUACAACUAAAAAAUAAAGGAGGAGUUAACCGCGUGCUUAUAUCAAAAUUACAUAGGACAAAUUUAAUAUUAUGAACAUUUGGGAUUGACUUAUGUAUUGUUAUUCAAUAGAGCACGCCUGAUUGCAAUUUCUAAUUUAUAAGUAAUUUCCUAUGUAUAUUAAAAUUUCGUGGUGAUGUUGACUAUUUGGACGGGUGGAAAAUAAUUUCCAAUGCUUUCGCCCACCUGUUAGAUACUUGCAUACUUAAAGGAAUCACCCGUGUUGAGAUUUUACAACAGAUUACGGAUGUAUGUUAUAUUUGUCUGGAUGUAGAAAAAGUGAGAAUGCAGUGGAGUUUACAUGAAAUAUUAACCUUCACAGCAACUUUAAUUGUGUCUCUAAAUUUGAUUGAAAGUUCAAAAUUGGAUAUAGACAGCAAACGAACAACAGUUCACAGAAUGAUCCAGAAAGCAAAUACUUCUUUAGACAAUCUUCUGUCCAGUAAAUUAUUAAGUGACAAUUAUAGCACGUGGUCUGCUUGGUCUAGAUGUAACAGAAGGUGCGAACAAACUCGGAAACGGACAUGUAUGCAUCACAAAGUAUGUGGUGAUACAAUCGUCAAAGACAAACAAAAGUGUAUAAGAAAAACUGGUACCUGUAACUCUUUAUCGUACAAAGUUAUAGGCUACAGAAGGAGAAACAGACUGAUAGAAGAACUUUUAUAUGACUUGUUAUAUGAUACAUGGUCCAAUUGGGGAAGGUGUACUCGUGCGUGUAAACGAAGACGGAAUAGAAAAUGUAAAGAAUCCGAUAUAUGCGGUAGUAGUUAUAUUCAAGAAGAAAAGAAAUGCAAACCACGAAGGACAUCUUGUAAAAAAAUAACUCUUAAUCCAUUUUAUUCUUCAUCUGAAAAAAAAAGUAAACAUAGACGUAAACCAGGUUUUAAAGAUCGCGAGCCAUCAAGACCAAGACCGAAAGGUGACAAGUCGAAAAGCCAUUCCACUAUAAUAUCAUCAACGUUAGAGGACAUGAAAGGUCAGUGCGGAGUACGUAGUGGCGGAUCUUACAGAAUAGUAGGGGGUAAAGAGGCCACACCUUACAGCUGGCCGUGGCAGGUUGCAAUUUUAACAAGAUGGAAAGAACAAUAUUGUGGAGGUACACUUAUCGCCCCUGGAUGGGUGUUAACGGCAGCACAUUGUAUUCGGAAACGCGGCAAACGAAGGAGGGUCAUUGUCAGAAUAGGAGAACACCAUAUGCGUUUAGUGGAAGGAAGAGAAGUUGACCUGCGUCUUGAUAGCGAUUACCCACAUCACAACUUUGAUUACGAAACAAUAACCAACGACAUUGCUUUGCUUAAACUCAAGAAACCGGAAAAAGUAAAGAACAACGUUGAGUACGCAUGUCUACCAGAGGAAGGAGAAGACAUUCCAGACCAAACAAUGUGUAUGACAGUCGGAUGGGGAAAGGAAACAAAUACGCGUCUUUUUGGAUCGACUGUUUUACAAGAAGCUGAAAUUCCUAUUGUCAACAAGAAGAAAUGUCGGAAGGCAUUCGACUACAAAAUAACUGAGAAACAGAUAUGCGCGGGCUACAAAAAAGGCGGGAUAGAUUCGUGUGCUGGUGACAGUGGGGGCCCACUUUUAUGCCCAAAGAAUAUCAACGGUACAACGCGAUGGAUUGUCUACGGUGUAACAAGUUACGGGGAAGGGUGUGGUCAGAAGGGUAAAUACGGUAUUUAUACAAACGUUUCACAUUAUAUUCGUUGGAUCAACAAAAUUAUAAAACAGAAUGAAAAACCGUAAAAUGUGUAUGCAUGAGUAAUAAAAAGAACAUCACAUACAAGGAGACAGAGAAGGGUUAAACGAGUCAUUAACUCUCAUUACAUGCUACUAAGGAUAAUUUUUGAAGAUGAAAAAGAUCAAACCCAAACCUUUGAUUAAUAGUGAUAAGGUACGUUACAGUUCAUACGGGUAUUUUUAAAGGCAGCAAAGUGACUAACGUGUGCGUUUGUUUGAACAUGUGAUAGGAGAAGAUUAUCAAUGUUUCAAUAUUUGUUGGAUGUUGAACAAAUCAAACGGGUUAACUGAUUUUUUUUGCAUUUAUUACUAAUGGUAUUAAUGAACUAUGAUUAUUAACUGUACAGAAGAGAACAUAUGAUAUUAUAAGUGUAGAAUGAUAAGUUAUGGGUCAACCCCAUACUGUUUUAACAACUUCAAACCAUGUAAAUGGCGAACAUUUUCCCUGUUUAAAGGGGAAUUAUAUUAUAUGAUUUAUAUGAACACAUUCCUAUGGUUAAUGCAUUUACUGACUCUUUAGUUUAGUAUUGUUCAGAGCCCCACAAAUAUAAAAAAUAUGUCAAAAAAAUAAACCAAGUCUUUAGUUGUUUCAUGUAUUUUUCAACUCCCUCAGGCAAAGUUGACAUUGACUGUUGUUUAAACGUCCUUUUUGGUAGUAUAUCUCUGUAACUGUUUCAGUUCUUAAACAAACGUAGCUUUCAAAUAUUCGGCUUUUCGCGAUUCUGAUGAAGUUAAACACAGAAAAGCGGUUUGGACGUAUGCAUAAAUAAAAUGUUGUUUUUUAAAUUGUUUAGUUCAUUCGAACUAUUAUCUAUCUGUCCAACUUGUGGGAUUUCAUUACAUUUCCCCAGAAGACAUUUAUCUUAUCAGUAAAGACAAACGUAUAACAUUAAAAAAAUAUCCUUUUUGGCUAAAAUAAUCUUUAAUAUAAUGUUACAUGAGCGCAUAACUAAUUUGAUAUUUUCUUUUUAGACAAGAAAACAGAUAUGUUAGGCUUUCAAAGGACCUACACCGCGUUAACAUGAUGAUUUACUUUGGAUAAUCUAUCCCAAUUUAGUUACAAUGAUUAAAACAAUUUAAUAUGACGUUACCUGCAAAUAUUGAAAAACCUUUAUCAUACUAAAAUAGAUAUUAGUUCCGGAUACAUUUUUACGUGAUAUUAAUCAUUUUUUAUACGAAGAAACAUACAUUUAUAAAUAAUCAACUAGUCAAGCUCUCGGGGGAAAUAAAUAAGCCCACCUGUAUAUGUUAAAACAUUAAAUGCUCUUGAUCACACAUUUGAUAAAAAUACUCGAAACAAGAUUUUACAUUUGUUGAUGUCGUCAGUGUAUAUUAGGUGUUGUAAUUAAUUUGUAUUUUUGAUUAUAUUUGUGUGUUUGAAUUGUACAAAUGUGAGAACAAAGAAUAAACAUUAUGAAUAUUCA